CGCUUUAAAGGUGUUUUCAAGCGUCUAAUCUUUUAUUUUUUUCCGACGAGAUUUUUGACAACUUUCUUUCAUAUAAUCGUUAAGGGUAACAUUAAACAUGGGGACACCACUGAAAGAUGUUACAAUAUCUGAGAAUGCUCCAAAGACAUUGUUACUUCAGAAACAUGCUGACUACAUUGCUGCCUAUAGCUCAAAAAAGGAGGAUUAUGAAUACUGUAUGACAGAAUAUCUCCGUAUCAGUGGCAUGUACUGGGGCUUGACAGCAAUGGACUUAAUGGGGCAGCUGUCUCGUAUGAGCAAGGAUGAGGUGAUAGAGUUUGUGCAGCAGUGUCAGCACGAGUGUGGAGGUAUCGGAGCAAGUGUGGGGCAUGACCCGCAUUUACUCUAUACCCUUAGUGCAGUUCAGAUAUUAACCCUGUAUGACUGCCAGAACUGUAUAAAUGUGGACAAAGUAGUGGAGUAUGUGAAAAACCUACAACAAGAUGAUGGAAGUUUCUACGGAGAUAAAUGGGGUGAAGUUGAUACUAGAUUUUCGUUCUGUGCUGUAGCAUGUUUGGCUCUGCUAGGGCGCCUGGAUGAAAUUAACACAGACAAGGCUGUAGAGUUUGUUUUAUCCUGUAUGAACUUUGAUGGAGGGUUUGGGUGCAGACCUGGGUCUGAAUCUCAUUCCGGUCAGAUAUACUGUUGUGUUGGUAUGUUAGCAAUACUGGGAAGACUACACAAUGUGAAUGCAGACAUGUUGGGCUGGUGGCUGUGUGAGAGACAGCUGCCCUCGGGUGGACUCAAUGGCAGGCCGGAGAAGUUACCAGACGUUUGCUACUCCUGGUGGGUGUUAUCAUCUUUGAAAAUCAUCGGCAAACUGCACUGGAUAAAUAAAGAGAAGAUGGUAAAGUUUAUGUUAGCAUGCCAGGAUGAGGAGACAGGAGGGUUUGCAGACAGACCUGGAGAUAUGGUUGAUCCAUUCCACACAUUAUUUGGUAUUGCUGGACUUUCAUUAAUGGGAGAGGAAUCUAUCAAACCCGUCAAUCCAGUGUUCUGUAUGCCAGAGGAGGUAAUCAGAAGAGCUGGGAUAAAAAUGGAACUUUUGUGAUAGGGAGGUGAUCAGAAGAGCUGGAAUAAAAAUGGAACUUUUGUGAUAGGGAGGUGAUCAGAAGAGCCAGGAAAUUAUAAUGCUGUGUGGUGGUUAGACUAUUCAAAGAAAACCAAACUGUGAUAUUAUAGAGAUUUCUGCAAGAAAGUCAAACAUCUUUAUGGAUUUUGUGUAUUAAGCUAAUUAGCAGUUUCGAAACAGGUUUAUAUCUGCACUUGCACAAGUGACCAGAUAUUUUUAUAUUGUUUUGAAGACAAGUUUUUACAUACUCCGCUUUUCUUUCAGAAUGUUAAAAUGUUAGAGGGAUCAUUGCUUUUUCUGUGAAGAUAGUACAUAAACUUUCUUAGAUCAUGAUAACUAUGUAAAACAUGGACUUAAUUAUUUCACAUGCAGGAUGUAUCUUUAAUUAUGAAAUUUCUUACACUUGUAAUUUUCAAGUUGUACUGAACAAAGAGCUAUAAAAAUAAAUAGAUCGGCAUCUUGAAAGGCAUAUAGAGCAAAUCUCGCCAAGCGUUCUCCACGUGCCAUUUUGUAUGCGAAAGCGAUUAUUCAUCGGUAAAUUAAUUAUCACCGUAUGACCACGCUUCUUUGAUGGUACAAAUUUAAAGGUACAAAUUGUAACUCCAUGCUCGCAGAUUCACACUCUGACACGAGAUCAUGCGAGAUUACAGCCAGUUGCCAUUCUGUGUAUUUUAUACUUCUUUGAACUGAAUGAGAACAGCAAAAAGGGUGUUUAUGCUGUGGACUGCUUUAAGACCUGCUGUCUUGCUGCUGUCACAACAGGGAGAUCAACCCGCUAUAUUUACAUUCUCCAUUUUCAUUCCAUUGAAGUUUAUGAUGUUUCUUGAGCGAGAAAGGGAAAGUUGCCAAAAUUAUGAUACUGCUGCUUAGUGAUAACAUAUAACUGUUUUUACAAUGCCCUGCAUGUAGUCAGGGAGACUGUUAUGAAGAUGAUGUGAUAGUUGUUCUGUCUAGUGAACUGUAUAACCAGGAAUCUGAUUCUAAUGUUAUGUCUGUUUAGGUUUUUCUUUUCAAAAAGAAAUGUUAACAAAAUUUUAUGGAAAGGAAAUAUGAUAUGAAUAUAUGGAAUAACAUUUAUUUUUUUAGUUAAUGUGAAAUGAACUACAGAAUAUGGUCGGCAAAUUUUGUUUGUUUUGGGUUUAAAGCCAUUUUUCAAUAGUAUUUCAGUUAUAUAAUGGGGGAGGCAUAUAAUCUAACCAGUGUUCCUGGAUUCUGUAGAUCUACCUGGACUCCACAAGUAAGUACCAACUUUCCCACAUUAAUAAGAGGUGGAGGACGAAUGAUUUCAGACACUAUGUCUUAUUACAAAUAAUCACGAAGAACAUAUGCCUGGCUCGGGGUACGAACUCACAACCUUGCGAUCAGCAGAUUUGCGCUCUUCCUAUUGAGCUAAGCUGGUUGGCGUGUUGUACUACUUCAGGAUGAUUAUGGGAUGUUUAUACUGUGGACUGCUUUUAGCAGGUCUUAUACAGUUUACAGUAACAUUUUACUAUAGGCAGGCCUUCCGGCUUUCCUACUUUUUCCUACAUUUUCCUACUUUUUUAAAUGCCGUAAAAGCAAAAAGGCAGUGGCUACGAUUACGGUACCGUAAUCCUAGCCUCCGAUUCUAGGAUUACGGAAGUUCCGUAUUCCUAGACAACCCUAUGAGGACAGGCUAGGAUUACGGAAGUAUUUAAGAGGCAUCAAACAUAUGUUAGGACAUGUAUAAAUGAUGUUGUAAACUUACUAAUUUCACUUAAAAUAACGAUUUUUGAUGCCUGCCAUAUUAUUUUGUGUUAUCGAUCCGCCAUUUUGCAUCUAUUAAUACUUCCUUAAUAUUAAGCUCUAUAGAAGAAAAUACCUACUAAAAUACACUUGAAGUCUUUAUAAAUGCGUAUUUAACUGCCAAUUAACAUAGAUCAUAUACGCAUAAAACCUAUCACAGGCAACCACAUUUUUUUUCGUUUUACAUGUCGACUAUAACCAUAUCGUAUGUUAUUAAAGACUAUGUGUGUUGACUUGAUGCGUGUACAUAUGCAAAAUUGUAGAGUCUGCAUAAAAACCAACUUCCGUUGCUACUACGAACACAACAGGGAAUGGUACAUUAGUAAGAAUUUUGUACAGUUUUGAAAAAAUUGCAGGUAUAUAUAUAUGAAACAUAGAUAAUUCUAUAAUAUUUCCGCGCACCGCCAUUAAUAUAUCGUUUAAGAUUAUACUAACCCACAAUGGCGGAUCGAUAACACGAAAUCAUACGACAGGUAUGAAAAAUCUCUAUUUCAAGUGAAAUAAGUAAGUUUACAACAUCAUUUAUGCAUGUCCUAACAUAUAUUUGAUGCCUCUUAAAUACUUCCGUAAUCCUAGCCUAUCCUCAUAGGGUUGUCUAGGAAUACGGAACUUCCGUAAUCCUAGAAUCGGAGGCUAGGAUUACGGUACCUUAAUCGUAGCCACUGCCUUUUUGCUUGACAUAAAAAAGGAAAAAAAUAAACAGCCUUUACAGUAGUUAUAUUGCAGAUGAUGGACUCUUGAUGUGUUGCUGGCAGUUUCUGGAGCCAUUUCAAGAUGAAAUACUCUGUAGAUACACUCCCCUAUAAUAGGGAUGUCUACAGGCAUUUUCAUUUCAAUCUGUUGAUUCCAGUAUAUAAUAAUAGAUAUAAAAAGGAAUUCUUUUACAUCCGUGUUUAAAUGAAAAUGCAAGAAGUAUACAUAUUUAAUCCUGUUGUGGUUUAAUUUUAUAUGAAACUAGGAAGAGGGUAUUUUAGUGGUAUGUGCCUAGAACUGACAGCUUUCUUGUAUACUGGACAUGACUUUCCAGUGUUUUCACCGGUACUGAAAAACACCAUCCCAGGGUGUAAGAUGACUAUCUAGCUGUUAAUGAAGUAUAACAAAGCUACAUCUAUGCUUAAGAUUUGUGCAGUAUUUUUUUUUCUGUAAAAAUGGAUAAAAUUAAAUACCCUGAUAGUUCCUCUUUGUUCCGUAUAGUAUUGUCAAUUCAAAAAACCAUUAUUUUACAGUAGAUGAUAAACAAACUGGAACUUAUACAUUGUUUCUUGCCUUUAAAUUCAAGAUUUAUUGCCUGUUUGCAGACGUAAAUUCCCUGUACAUCAUUCAAAACACAGCUGUUAGAAAAUAGUGCUAUUAGAAAGUAAUUUGUUUUAUUAUAUUUUUACUACUAUUUGUUGAAUAUGGCUUGCAAGAAAAAAAGAUUGUAUCACUGGUUGUAUGUGCAAAGUGGAAUAGCAAGCUCAGGAUGAAAGGAGGCUCUGACGAGCUACUGCAUGAACAAGUUACCUGAGAGCUUGAUAUUCCCAUCUGCACAUGCAACAAGUGAAAGAAUCUUGCUGUAAAAGCAAGUACCACUUCCCAAGGUCUCGGUCAUUCAUUUGUUUGAAAUGAUAUUUAGUAUGAUAUGAUAUUUGCAUUUAUUGUACCCCCCAACAACAAAGUUGUAAGGGGAGUUAUACUGGUUUCAGUCUGUCUGUCCAUAGACACAAUCUUGUGCGCACCAUCUCUCCUCAUCCCCUUGACACAAUUUAAUGAAACUUCACACAAAUGAUAAGUAACAACAGUAGUUGUGCAUGGGGCAUGUUAGGUUCUUUCAGAAAAAAAAAUUUCAGAGUUACGGGACUUAGUUUUUUGUUACUAUACUAUAUACAUAGACACAAUCUUGUGCGCACCAUCUCUUCUCAUGCCCUUGACACAAUUUCAUGAAACUUCUCACAAGUGAUCAGUAACAACAGUAGUUGUGCAUGGGGCAUGUUCGGUUCUUUCAGAAAAAAAAAUUGCAGAGUUACGGGACUUUGUUUUUUGUUACUGUACUAUAUACAUAGACACGAUCUUGUGCGCACCAUCUCUCCUCAUCCCCUUGACACAAUUUCAUGAAACUUCACACAAGUGAUCAGUAACAACAGUAGUUGUGCAUGGGGCAUGUUCGGUUCUUUCAGAAAAAAAAAUUGCAGAGUUACGGGACUUUGUUUUUUGUUACUGUACUAUAUACAUAGACACGAUCUUGUGCGCACCAUCUCUCCUCAUCCCCUUGACACAAUUUAAUGAAACUUCACACAAGUGAUCAGUAACAACAGUAGUUGUGCAUGGGGCAUGUUAGGUUCUUUCAGAAAAAAAAAUUGCAGAGUUAUGGGACUUUGGUUUUUGUUACUUUACUAUAUACAUAGACACAAUCUUGUGCGCACCAUCUCUCCUCGUCCCCUUGACACAAUUUAAUGAAACUUCACACAAGUGAUCAGUAACAACAGUAGUUGUGCACUGGGCAUGUUAGGUUCUUUCAACAACAAAAGUGGCAGAGUUAUGGGACUUGUUUCUUGUUAACAUAUUAUGUACAUACAGUCUGCAUAUGCAAUCUUGUGCGCGCCUAAUCUUCCGAACCCUUGCACACAAUUUAAUGAAACUUCACACAAGUGAUCAGUACUAACCCUAGUUGUGCAUGGUGCAUGUUACGUUCUUUUAGAUAAAUAUUCUGCAUAGUUAUGGGACUUUGUUUUUUGUUACUUUACUGUAUACAUACAGUCUAUAUACAUACAGUCCACAUAAUUAUGCAAUCUUGUGUGCAUCAAAUUGCAAUGUACUGUGUCAGUGCAUGCGGGAUUCAUUACCUUUAGUGAUAGCUCUAGUUUUGUUUUGAUAGCAGUAACUUGUGUGAAGGGUUGAUGAGUUUAAAUGAUGUUUAACUAUGCAUUUAUACACUUAUUUAGUGUUAAUAUGGUAACGAUACUGCUGCGAGGUUUGAUAAUUCAUGUGAAAUGUGCAAUAUACAUGUGACUUAUACAUAAAAA